AUGCUGCUAUGGGAAUUGAAAUAUGAUAUUGGUUUAUUAAUCCAGGAGCAUGAUUCAAAUUUAUUGAAGUUGAAUGAAGAACAGAGAGUUAUAUAUGAGAAAAUUGUCAACUGUGUUUGUAACAAAGAAGGCGAAUGUUUUUUUAUAUAUGGAUUUGGCGGAACUGGAAAAACUUUCUUGUACAGGACAUUGCCAGCUAGGUUACGAUCUGAGAGGAAAAUUUUCAUUAAUGUUGCAUCGAGUGGAAUUGCAGUAUUGUUGUUACCAGGGGGUAAGACAGCUCAUUCAAUGUUCAACAUUCCAAUUGAGUCAAAUGAGGAUACUGUUUGCAGAGUCUCAAAGGGUAGUGCUAAGGCAGAAUUGAUUCGAUGUGCUGAUUUGAUUAUUUGGGACAAAGCACCAAUGAUUAAUAAGUUGGCUUUUGAGGCAUUGGAUAGAAUCCUUCACGAUAUAAUGUCGUCUGUGUCUGUUGUUAAUAAUGAUUUACCGUUUGGUGGAAAAAUAAUUAUUUUGGGUGUACCAACUAAUUUGCUUAUUGAUACUUCUGAUAAUCCGGUUGAAGAUAUUAUAAAUGUGGUUUAUCCAAAUAUUGUUGUCAAUUUUGAAAAUCCAAUUUUCUUUCAAGAUAAGGCAAUUUUGGCUCCAACAGUUGAAAUUGUUGAAGAGAUUAAUAACUACAUAGUUAAUUUUUUAUCGAGUGAAGAAAAGGAAUAUUUGAGUGCCAAUAUUAUUUGUGGUAGUGAUGCUUAUGGUGAUAUUGAUUGUAGUUGGAUAACCACUGAAUUUUUAAACCAAAUUAGAUGUUCUGGGUUACCCAAACAUUCUGUCAAAUUAAAGAAAGGGGUACCUAUUAUUUUGAUGAUAAAAAUUGAUCCAACUAGUAGGUUAUGCAAUGGAACUCAACUUAUUGUAAAAGACUUGGGAUCAAAUGUGAUUGUAGCCGAGGUUGUUUCUGGUAGUAACAUUGGUGAUCAACGUCCAGUAUUUUUCCAUGGUCAACUUUAUGUCGCUGUAUCUCGCGUAAGGAGCAGAAGUGGACUAAAGAUUUUGCUGCUUGAUGAAAAUUUAGAAUUUCCAAAUUUUACUGAGAAUGUUGUUUUCACAGAGGUUUUUGAUAAAAUUUAA